CCAAACUAGAAUUAAAAUUAUUUUGAGUCAUUAAUAAGUCAAUUAUUAAACUAAACACAAAUAACUUAUGACAGUAACAGCAGCCAAGACAAUUUUGUUGGUUUUCUAUAAAAAUUACGAUAAAAAAAAAAUGAUUUGAAGAAAUGCCCGAAAUUUUGACAGCUGAUAAGAAUGUGUGCAGGUCCAUUUAAAAAGGUAUUCCAUUGGGGACCACUUACUGCUCUGGCAAUUAUAAAAAUAAUAACAACGAUGACAAUUUACUGCAGCAGACAAUGGUGGUCUCCUAAAGAAAGUCUUUUAGCAGCGGCAAAUUUUUUACUAUUCUUCAGUUUAAGCGGAUCGACAAUUUAUCAUUUUAUGAGCGCCAUUUAUGAAGGCCCUGGUUAUUUACCAUUACGAUGGAAACCUGAAAAUAUGAAUGACACAAAGUACUUACAGUAUUGUAAAGUUUGUGAAGGCUACAAAGCGCCGAGGUCUCAUCACUGCAGGAAAUGCGGUCGCUGUAUAUUAAAAAUGGAUCAUCACUGCCCGUGGAUAAAUAACUGCGUGGGUCAUUACAACCACGGCUACUUUACGGGAUUUUUAGCGAGCGCCGUAGGGGGUUGCUGUGUCUCAACAUUUAUUUUGGUGUCCUGGUUGAUAGCAGUGAUAACACGUAAAAAUUAUACUUUCCCAUCACCGUCAGUAUUUACCCUGAUACUGGUUGUGUUCACAAUCGGUCUGUCGAUCGGUGUCGUGUUCGCUGUGGGGAUGUUGCUUUACAUCCAGCUGUCAGCGAUAUUACGCAACACAACGGGAAUUGAAGACUGGAUUCUUGAAAAAGCCAAGUACAGAAGAUUUGGCACGGAUGACGUAUUUAUUCAUCCGUAUUCUAAGGGCUGGUUGUUCAACAUCAAGCAAGUACUCAAGUGGCACUGCAUGCCUGAAGGCGAUGGCAUUGUUUGGCCAGUUCGUGAGGGUUGUGAUCAAUACACUCUAACAGUAGAGCAAGGAUACCAAAAACAAGAAAAACGUAAACGGGCACGUAGAUAUCGCAUUGUAUCUAGAGUAUCUGGUUCUUGGGUACCAGUCACUUAUGGCUGGUGUGUUGUAUGUCAUCCGCCUUGUACAGAUGAACCCAGAAUAAAACUCAACGUUGGUGAUACAGUUAUCGUCACCCGAUGGCGGAAAUACUGGCUGUUUGGAGAAAAACAAGAGUCGAAUGGAGAUCCUAAGAAAAGGAUAAGAGGAUGGUUUCCACACUCGAGUGCUAUCGAGGUCGUGGAGAAUGGUAGAAACAUACCGGCAGAUUACAAGGACGACUAAAACCUAUCAUCGAUUCACCUCGAGACUAAUUUAGAAAAUUAAUCUUACAUAAACUAAAAUAACUCGCACACAUAAGUGUUGUAAAAUUUAUAUAUACAUAUUUUAAUUUUAAUGUUAACUUUUUUGUUAAUUACCACUUAUAUUUUUUAUUUAAAUACAGUAUGUUAUUAGUUUACUUGACAAGUUAUAAGUGCAAUUACAGUAAUAACAUGAGGUCGAGUUGUAAUGACGCAUAAUACGUGUUCCGUACAUUGUAUUCUACUCAAGGAUUUAUGAGAGGACGCAUGUAUAUAUUUUGUAUGAAUGGUUUCUUACAAAUAAGUUUAAUCUUUUUAUUCAACUUCUUUGUGUGCUGUACUGUCAGAUGUUUAAUAACAAGUCACAGGUUUUCCUGCUUAUUUUUUUACCUUGAAAUGAAUUUUUAAAAUACAAUCUCAUGAUUAUUAUUUUGUAUGAUUAAGUAUUAAAUAUUUGUGGAAAAAAAAUAACAAUUUACUGAGUACUGUUAAGAAUUGAAUGAAUGAGGUUGUUGAUAAAAAAAAUGUAAGAUUGAUAGAAUGAUAAAUUUGUGAUGAGUAUUAAAAUAUGAAAAAUAGUUGAGAGUUGUGUGAGGGGAUAAAAUAUUUUAUAAACAACGAGAGCUCUGGGAUAAGCUCAGCGGUUGUAGAAAAUCAAUAUAGCUGUAUAAAAAACCGCCGCGAAAGCACGGGAGCGAGAAGGACAGACCGAGUCAGGUCAAAGAGAAUGAACGCGAUAUGUAUAUGUGUGGACGCGUACGUGAAUUUACUCUGGCGCGUGCGAAUAUGCUUUAGAAUAAGACCGGUAUCACGCAGUACAAUCGGUUGUCACGCGACAUAUAUGCUUAUUCAUUUUAAUAUAAGCUCAUAUACUAAUAAGACAACAGACUAUUUAGAUAUAUCGUCGUAGACUUUACUGUACUGAGCUCUGCAUGCGCACUAAUACCUGAUACAUAUUCCCCGGUGAUGUCUAAUCACUCGUACUGACCCAUUCUAUUGCGUGCUCGUGUCAUUAAAGAUGCGAUCAAUGCAACUGUACAUUAAAAAUAUAUUUUUAUUAUUUUUAAAAACUUUAUAUUAAAGUAUUCAAUAGGGUGGGUUGAAAAAAAAACUUUUCUUAGCAUGGGGGUAGAAUUUGUACCUUAUAAAAAAAAAAAUUUU